AUGGCGGCGGCGGCAGGGCCGCGCGUAUUCUUGGAGGCGAGGCGAAGGCUGCAGAGCGCGCUGCUGAUCCUGGGAUAUAUCCGGUUGCCAGUGACCAGAGAGCCGAGAGAAGGAGGUCUACCCGUGGAUAUUUCUCUAAUGCCAUCUUCACUCCGGAUGAGCACUCCUGAGGGCUGCACCGAAAUCCGGCUGCCAGCAGAGGUCAGGCUUGUCCCGUCCUCUUGCCGGGGGCUGCAGUACGUGACUGGGGAAGGGCUUCACCUGCGACUGCAGAUGCUCGCACAGUUAAGCUCCAAACCGAUUUCAUUAUUUAAUCAAUGUCCACAAGCCCAAGAAUAUUGCACAUUUUAUUGCCAGUCCUGUGGUGAAGUCUUAAUAAGGGACAGGAAGCUUCUCAGGGUCCUCCCACUGCCAAGUGAAAAUUGGGCUGCUCUAGUUGGAGAAUGGUGUUGCCAUCCGGACCCCUUUGCUAAUAAGCCACUUCACCCACAAGAGAAUGAUUGUUUUACUGGAGAUACGUUUUUCCUGGUGAAUUUAAGAAGUGAUGAGCAGCAGCUGAAACCUGAACUAAGCCAAAUGGAGAUGAAGUCCCUUUCUUCUGAGAAUCAUUCUGAAUUGAAACCAAAGGCAAAUACCAAAGUAAUUUGUAAGCGUUGCAAGAUAAUGCUGGGGGAGAGCAUAUCGUCAGAAACUAUGAAGCUCUAUAAUACAGAGAUAAUUGUUCAACCAUCUGGGAGAAAUUUUCCCAUUCUGCCAAGGUCUCAGUUUGUACAGAGUGUUAUUGCCCAGUGUCUGGUGGAACUGUCUUCUGCUAGAAGUACUUUUCGGUUCGCUGUUCAAGGUCAUGAUCGGAAAGUGUACAUCUUGUUAUGGCUUUUAAACUCAGACAGUUUGGUGAUUGAAUCUUUGGGGAAUUGCAAAAGUAUCAAAAAAUUUCCCUUGCUGGAAGAUACCUUGAAGGAAGAAAAUUCCAGUUCUGUCUGGAAUGCUGUCAAAGUCCUAUACCAGCCAUGCGUCAAGAAUAGGAACAAAAAGCUUGCCAGCUCAUGGGAGAGUGACCUCAGCGUCCACGCCCUCACCCUGCCUGCCACAACGUGUUUGGAGCUGCUCUUAAUACUGUCGAAGAGUAAUGCUGUGCUGCCUCCAUCCCUUCGCUUUAUGAAUUCAUUUCAGGUAAGAACUUGCUCCUUUAUCAAGGUAGAAUUUUUUUGGUUUUACUUGUAG